UGAUUUUCACAGUACGGUUUUAGAACGCCAACCAAGCACACAGCGCGCAUAGAAACGGAAUAAUAAAACAACGCGUUUCAAACGAUUAAAGGACUACAGUGAAAAAUAUACAAAAAGGAUACAAAUUGCACCAAUAAUUUUAAAAAAUGCCAUUAAAGAAGAAGGACGAAUAUAUACCCAUCAAGUGUGAGGGUUGGAAUGGCAAAUUCGUGUACAGUAACGGUGCGGCGAAUAAUGUUUCGAAAGUGCGCCGACACAAUCAAAAUGUCACCGAUACCUCCAACUUCUAUGGCUACAGCAAUGAACCGAUCAUUCUGCCCGUGAGCUGGGACGGCACAUUUGCCAAGAGCGGCGAGACACGCAUACAACCAGAGCGCAAUCGUUCCGACGAUUCAGAAUACUUUCAGUACAAUACGGAACCCACAGUGCUGCCAACGCAAUGGAAUGGAGAAUUCCAGCUCGAUCCCAAUGAUAUACGCAUCAAACCCGAGCGCAAUCACUCGGAUCCGCGUGACUAUGCGGAGGCCAACCGUUUCAAGCGUGUCAGUUAAACGCAUGCAGCCAUGGCUUGAAGCAUUUGGUGGUUCUGGCAAUUCGGCACUGAAACUGUUUUAAGUUUUUUUACUAACAACGUGAUUUUUUGAAUUACUAAGCAUUAUUACACAGUUUUGCGCAACGUGGCUUGUUUACUUAAAAACAUGGCGUUCCAUAUAUGAGUAAUUUUUUUGAAUUCGUACAAUUAUUCUUUACGAGUUCUUGCCCAAACAAUUCACUGAUACUCACUUAUAACGGUGCUAAAGAAAAGUGUAAAAUUUGUAAAUUGUGAUUAUAUUUAUCC